AUGUCAAAGUAUCUGUCACUGCAUUGGCUGUCCAGGAAACUCGGCGGCGGCCGAUUGCUUCGAGAAUCGCCACAAUGUGGGGCUGGUUUAAGCAGUACACCAGACUUUCUGGUACAGCAGAGUCUACGAUUCGCCGCUUGGCGCGUCCCAGCGACAAAAGACCGGCGGCAAGGCAGACGGCUUCAGGUGGUUGACAAACGACUCGUCAUCUUAAUCUUUCUCCAGCUUCACUGGACUUUUGCUCUUUGA